CCUUGCGCCGCAAUUCACGUCUUAGACAUCACACAAUCAAAAAACAUCACGAUAGUCUUGUUAGGUUACAAGACGCCAGUUCAAUGUUUGCUUUCCUCCCUUAUUCACAAGCAUAUACAUCAUAAAUUUCCCUCUAGAUUCAUUGACCGUAAUUCUAUUACCGCGCCUAACCAGAAUCACUGCCAGCGUUGUUCAUGCAUUCCGGCUUUGUUCAUUGCGACUGCGGAACUCCACCCUAACCGAUUUCUCUCCCCUUCUUGCCACUAAGCAAGGAAGUCGCGCUCUAGAUAAACAUUACAUUAUUACACUGCAUAUCAUUCCACCUAUCUGACAACUUUUCCAUCUUGAAGCAUAUUUCCUUACUCACGAUCGACGAGGCAUUUUCUCUAACUUCUAGUACCCGACUUGCGUCUCAUCACUUAGUCGCAAACAUGUCAACACCCGAAGAUCAAGAGCUGAUGGCCAAGAUCAGCAAAUUAGCUGGUCAGAUUAAUCGCCACAAAGCCCAGCGCGAUGGCGUGAAUUCGGAUCCUAACCCCCCUUCCCGAGCAUCCCAUUAUCGUGCUGCCCCGUAUCCUCGUGGAGGAUAUCGUGGCGGACGUGGCAGACCCCUCCCGACCUAUCGCAACAAGACUCUGGUUCUCAAUGGACAAUCUCGAUCUGCAGCCGAUAGUAAUGAUACCACCAACGAGGCUUCCGAUCCUGCGUCUCCGUCGUGGGUCACGAAGACCGACCGUCAUAUGCAGCUGAUCAACACUUCUGUAUACGAGAAAGAAUCGCAGCAACGCGCCAGUGCCAUAGAGCAGACUCAUCGUCAGAAACAGUUUCAAAGGAACAACCGCGAGAAGGCUGUUUUUAUGAACAGUGUGCUUCAGAGGGGUGCUAAUGGUAAACCCGUUGGGCUUCCUAGCGCAUCCACACCAGCUUCCCAAUACGAGGUCGUGCUGGAUGGCAUUCUCUUUCGAGUUGUGCAACAAGGUAGCAAGCUUGUGAAAGCACCCGACGACGUAAACCCCCCUUCGGCUACUCCCAAAGUGACAUCAAUCGGUGGUGUCAAAUUUCAUCGUACUAAGCACGGCAAUCUUGUGAGACACGGUGUCGUAAAAGCUCAGCGGUUUGCUGGCGGAGUCAAGAAGGUCAACGAGCAGUGCAAGACCUUUUCAUGGACCGGAUCAUGCCCGAAAGGCCCUGGAUGUCGGUAUAUCCACGAUGCUUCCAAGACGGCUAUCUGCCGAGAGUAUCUUUUAAAGGGUAAAUGUCUACAAGGUGACGCUUGUGACCUUUCACAUGACAUUACAGAGGAGAGAACCCCUCUCUGCGUGCAUUUCGCCAAGGGCAAUUGCCACAACACCUCGUGCUCAUAUAUCCAUGCGGCACACUCCCCAACAGACCCCGUAUGCCGAUCCUUUGGAAUUUAUGGAUACUGCGAGAAAGGAGCGCAAUGUCCUGACCGCCAUGUAUUCGAAUGUCCUGACUUUAGCAACACCGGUGUAUGUAAGCUCAAGGGUUGUAAGCGGCUUCACAUCGAAAGGGCUAGUGUCCUUCGAAAAGCAAACAACCGCGCAUCUUCUGAGGAUACAGAUGUAUCUAGCGACGACGAUGACGCUACAGCAGACAGCGAUGACAUCGACUCUGAUGAGGUUGAAGAGUUUAUCAAAAACGAUGGCGAAGAGGACCUCGAUUUUGUCCAGCAAAGGGAUUACAUUGGAUUUUAACAAGCCUCGUCGGUUUCUUACUAACUAUCUAGGCAUUGAAGAUAUGGCUCGUUUGGACAAAGCCUAUAUUGCCAAAGGCGAUGUACUAGGUACCUUUCUUAGAAUCGGUUUCUGGCUCCUCAGCUAGCAUCUAGACGGCACAUAUCACGGCCGUUCGUUGGCGUUUGAAGGUUGCCUUAUUCGUACAACAGUUCGUGAUACCCAUUGCGAUGCGUUUCGCCUUAGGCGACCGUUAGGAGUUGAUACCCUGAGUGGAAGAAAAAAGAAAGAACGAAAGAUAGUCAAUUACAAUAGAAAAUAAAUAUAUUGUAUAAUCACGA